AUGGGCAGCAGGGAUGCUUUAGCCUUUGGCGAUGCAGAAAGCUUGUUCGCCAUCCGGCCGGCUCUGCCGAGUCGGGAAGCCUUGCCAGCACGGGCUGUGAUAGCAAUAGAUGUGACGAUGAGAAACCGAGACCUGACCACAUGGUCGAUCUAUGUCGCAAAUUCAACGGUGGGUAUUGCCAGACCAAAAGAAGUCGCACCAGAUCAGAACAAGUGA